UGGGGAAGAAGAGCGGCGCACACAAUGCACUGCACGGCUGACAAGGGUUGUGUCUCCCUGAUUUUCACGAUUAUUUUCCAAUUCCGUUGAAACUUGUGAAGGGGGUGCAGCGGAGCCGAUCGCUUUCUCUCCGUAUGUAUUUGGAUUUAGUAAGAAUAAGAAAUCUUUGUGCGGAAUCGUCGGCAAAUGGUCCAACUAAUCCACAAACAUUGGAUUACACCACAGUGAAGGCUGCAUGAAGGAGCUGCCCAGCCCAACGGGGGCUUGGCCGACACCCUCGUUUAUGGAAAUCGACACCGAGGCUUUAAUAUUUGGGCCUUGAUUUUUUUCCGUUUAUGGUGAAGCUGGAACGACAGAAGGGUUGGGUGUUAAGAAUCAUUUUUCAUGGACGAUUGGUUGCAAAACAACCCCGUCCUGCUUCCUUUAACACAUAUUGCUUGUGGCUAACAGCUGGAUCAGCUAACGCUAGCGAGCCCGAAUGCUAAAGUUACGUCUUUCUUUUGAUGUGAAUUCAACCAUUACUAUCGGCCAUCAACACAUUUCGGCAGUGGACAUAUUUGUUCUCAUUUUUGCAGAUUACAGGUUAGCUUUACAGUAAACUGUCCGGCUUGUCAGUCUUUUCCAGACACGUUUUAAGAAUAUAGUUGUAUUCUUAGGUCACUGGCUAAAUAUAUUGUAAUGUAUUGCCGUGUAAAUGCUACCAAAAUGCUAAUUAGCUGGAGUCAACACUGACCUAACGUUAGCCCGCAUUACUUUAACUCAAACAACAUUUUACUCCUUUUUAUAUUGGGAGUAAAUUGCAGGCGCUGUCAACAAUAACAUUUUACAUUUAACAUUAAUACGAAAUAAUGUCACGGCCACUGUUGUGUUAAUGUCGGAUAUCUGGGUUAUUGGCCUUGCUAACUAACUAGCUAUCGUUUUUGCUAACAGGCAAAUACAAUUGUCAGCAGAAAAAAAAAGAAAUCCUACAAGCAAGAGUUGCAUGAGCAAUAACAAGGUUUAUGUGAUUUCCAUUUCGAAAUUUAUCUAGAGACGAUUUGGCCUGCUUUGUCCGCAGCACAAGUAACGUUGGUCUUUUUUUGUUUACAUGCGUAUAACUUAAUGUCGGUUGGAUUUCUUGCUAGCUAGCUAAUGUUAGCCAUCUAAACAGCAAUGUCCUGACAUUUAAGUGUCUGUCGUGGAUAGUUUUAAAUACCCAUGUGGGGCUAAGUUUUCGUUCAGAUUCAUUGAAAUGACACUCAAAUUUCGCCGGAAGAAAGGCACUGAUGCCGAUAGACAGUUGUCAAAGGACGGUAAAUAAUAGCCACUGGUUCCAUUAACGCCAUUUUAACAGGGGCUCCCUGCGAGGGCCUGUCUGUGUGGUGGUGUUUUAUUAGCGGUUCGGUGCCUUAGACCGGACCGGGACUUGAUUAAAGUGCCUCUUGGUUUCUCACUGGAGUUACAAAAGGAGGUUUGCAACAUGGAGGGCCCGAGCCGAAGCACUGGAUUUAGGCAGAGCCGACGGUCCCGUUCACAGCGCGACAGGGAGCGGCGGAGGAGGAGAGUGAACCUGGCCGAGGAGCGGGCCACAUCUCUGUCCUCGGGCUCCGACCGGGAGGCUUGUGGGACGAACACUGUGCUGGGUCCCGGCGGGAGAGAAUGCCGACCUGGUUUUGGGAGACACAGGCCUCCACGCCGGAGGAAGAGAGAGUCUGUGUCCUGCGAGGAAGACAUCAUUGAUGGCUUCGCUAUCGCGAGCUUUGUCAGCUUGGAGGCACUGGAGAUGGACUGCUCUCUGAAGCCCAGUCAGCGCACUGAUAUUCCAUGCAGGAGGAACAAGGGGAAGAGGGGGCCCGAGGAGAACGGUGGAGGGUCGGAGCCGGAGGAGGGGGCCCCGCACAGCUACUCCAGCAGCUACUGGAACAAGAGUAAAAAUAAGAGGAGAAAGAUCGAGGGACACCCUUUGGAGACCGGCUACAUUUGCGACACUGAGAGUGAUACAGGAGAUAAGGCCUCCGAAAACGACAUGGACCCAGUCUUCACAGUCAGUACGAGGACAGUUGUGGAGCCUGCCCCGUCAAACAUGGCCACAUCCAUGGGCAAAAUCUGCCCGCCCCUCCCGGCCCGUAUUGGUGGCAUCUCACGGUUGAUGGUGACCCCGAGAGUAUCUGGCCUAGAGCGAAGUCAGGAGAAAAACCUGGAGCAACACUUCCUAGAGCCUGCUUCUUCUACCUCUUCUGCCCUCUUCUCUCGUCUGCCUUCCCCCAUCACAGCCCCCGGCACGGCCCCCCGCUCCAGCCCGUUCAACGGAAACGGCAGCCGGCACAACGGCAGCCCGCCCCUCUCCAAACCCAAACCCUUCCUCACUUUGCCUGGACGGUCUCACUCCAUAUACAGGGGCAACGGCACAGUCAAACCUCCCAUAUCUGCAUCUGUUGCGUCUUCCUCAUCCUCCAUUCGCCCUCCGACUCCCUCCACAAGUGUGUCACUGCCCUACACCAGGGGCUCAGGACCCCCAGGGCCCAUCAGACCCCCAUCCCGAGCCGGCUCUGGGGCCUUGUUCACAUCCUCACCUGGUCUUCCUCCCCCUCCACCUCUGCUACAAGGUUCUGGCCACUCAACAGUAGCAGACCAAGAAUUACUUCGUCAAAACCUAAACUCCCACUUCUUGAAUUCACAAGAGCGCGAGGGGAGACGCAGUGUCCCGGGGGCUGAAAACAGCGGAGCAGCUGCUGGCCGCUCCACUCCUGGUGGUCCGUCGGCAUCCAACUCCGGCCCAGGUUCAUCAGGCCGGUCGUCGGCGAACCAGACGAGCAUCCCGCCUCUGGCCUUCCAGUUCCAUCAGCACAACCACCAGCACCAACACACACACACGCACCAACACUUCACACCCUUCCUGCACCCCACAGCCACCGCGCCGCCUCUGUUCGAUAAGUUUGCAGGCAAAGUGGACGGGCUGUAUCGACACCCCUUCUUCCCACAAUACCCACCGCCCUCAGUGCCCAGUAUCCAGCCUGUGAUUCCUCCCACUGGGCCGUUCAGCUCUCUGCAAGGAGCAUUUCAGCCAAAGGGAGCGGGUCCAGAUUUAUCUGCACGACUCGGAGUUGUGCCCCACCACCUGCAGCCCAAAGACCCCAGGCUAACUGAUCCAUUUGGGACACCGUUGAAAAUGAGUAAUAAUAAACCAGGAAAGUGGUGUGCUAUGCAUGUAUAUGUGGCCUGGAUGAUUCUAAGCCAUCAGAAAAAAGUGAAGCUGAUGCACGUUGAUCCUCACAAGUUGGACUUCCGUAGUGACCUGCUGACCCGUCUUCCUGGAGCUGGGGGAAUGGGCUCCCUGGGACCGAUGGGAGGAGCCAUGCCUCCCACUCAUGAUCUGACCAGAUCUCCCAGUCUGUUCUCAGCAGCAGUCAAUCCGUCCUCCUCUCCCUUCAUCUCUCCAUCAACGCCCCACUCCUCUUUCCUCCCGCCAACUGCACACUUAGAUCCGUAUGGCCGAUCCCCACCCUUCACCCCACUUGGGGCCCUUGGUUCUAGUGCCUUCGGAGGACUUGGCAGUCCAACACUGGGAUCUGUGUUUGGCCCUAAAGAUUCACCAGCUAACGUGGUCGGAGGUUUGCCCCCCCCCAACCAUCACGACCCAUGGAACCGUCUGCACGGGGGCCCGCCUGGGUUCGCACCCGGCCCCAGCUGGGCUAAAGGGCCGGACAAGCGGGACGAGAGGGAUCGAGCGAAGGACGUGGAGAGGAGAGACAGCCCUCACAUCAAGGACGAAAAGGACAGAUGUCAGAGCGAAAGAUAG